GAACGAGGGCGGUAUACUGAAUGUAACGUCACUCUUCACACAAACCUUUUAUUACUUUGCUGAGGUUGCCAGUUUGUUUGUUACCUGGAUAAAAUAACAUUUCCCCAGCAUUUUUCAUCAUGGUGUGUUAGUUCUACUUCCUCGUAGAAUGGGCACUCAUUCACUCUAUCACUUAGUAAUAUUAUUUGAGGAAACUAAGAAGAAAUUAUCAAAAUCUCUUUCAUACAGUUGUAAGUUAUCAUAUGUUUCACCUUUAUCUGUAUAGCUCCAUCUUUACCGUAUCCAUUUAUUAUUCGGAAGUCGCUAAAAAAGGCUAGGCACUCCGAAUUAAAUACUUCAGAUAUUCAAGGUAGCAGGCAAUUUAAUCAAAUUACUGUGGAGACGUAUACAAUGGAUACCUCAGAGUCGUGGGAUCUAGACAAUUGUGAAGAGAUAAGUUUUCUGUCGGGUAAUCCAACUGUCGAAACCACUGAAGGUAUCAUACAUAUAUACAAAAAUCAGAGAGAAGUUCCACGAUGUAAUGACAUGGUUACGAGCACUGUGCUAUGUUUCUUUUCUGUACCAUCUCAUAUAACAGUGAAAGACUUACUGAGGUUUAUUUCACCUAUGCGUAAUGUGAUUGUAGAGCUGAAAAUCGUAAAGGAUAGUACUCCAAAUCAGUAUAUGGCAUUGAUAAAGUUUCGUACACCUGAAGACACAGGCCAUUUUUAUGAUACUUACAAUGGCACUUCUUACAAUACUUUGGAACAAGAAGCGUGCCAACUAAUGUAUGUCUCACAUGUAGAGAUCACGCACCCUUCUACAGGCGUUGCAUUUCCCACCAAAGAUUUAAGGGAGUUGCCUUCUUGUCCGGUGUGUUUGGAGCGUCUGGAUGAACCCGUGCAAGGGAUACUGACUACGAUUUUAUGUAACCACACAUUCCAUGAUGGGUGUAUUUCACAGGUAGAAGAUACCAUUUGCCCAGUUUGCCGUUAUGUCCAGUCACCUGAAAUGCUCUCUGACAGUCAGUGUGCAGACUGUGAUAUAAGAGAAAACUUAUGGAUUUGUCUCAUAUGUGGUCAUGUUGGUUGUGGUCGUUAUGGUCAAAAACAUGCACAGGUGCAUUUUGAGGAAACAGGACAUACAUUCGCCUUAGAGCUCGGCAAAACUUUGGUCUGGGAUUACGCCGAUGAUGCAUAUGUUCAUCGGCUGGCUGUUAAUCAUGAGGAUGGCAAAUUAGUUCAGCUUGGACCCAAUAAUGAAACUGGUAACAAAAAGCUAGAUAUAAUUAGCAUGGAAUUCAGUGCCAUCUUAACAAGUCAACUGGAAUCACAACGUGCAUACUUCGAGUCCCAACUGGAUUUAAUAACUACUCAGUCAAAUGUUCGUCUCGAAGAAAUGGAAUCCCGUGUCGAAUCUGCCUUAUCUGCUGCGCAAACAGCCGAAAAGAAACUCUCUGAAGUCAUAAAAGAGAACUUAGUCAUCAGUCGUAAAUUGCAACAAGCAACAUCACUAGCUCAACGUUUACAAAAGGAUUUGGAAGAAGAACGUGCUUUAAAUCAAAGUUUACUUAUAAAUGAGAAAACCUGGCGUGAAAGAACAGAACAAGCGGAAUCGGAAGCGAAAACAGCUCGUGCAGAAUGUAGGGAAUUACUAUUAAACUUGGAAUUACGAGAUAAAUUAAAUGAGUUAAACACAAAUAAAGAGCUGACAAAAGAUGAACUGGAAACAUGUGAAAUCUCUUUGCAACCCAGUAGUUCACAAAAAGCAAGUCGAAGACGACGUAAACGCUAAAAUCUUUUCUACAUAAGUGUCUACUAAAGAGGAAAUGCUGUUAGAUGAAUGAUAUAAUCUUAUUACAUUUGACAGUAUUAUAUAUCUUCACUUUUUCUAAUCUAAUUGUCAAUUCACUCAAUCAUUGAUUUAGAAAAAUUUAUAUGUGUAUAUUGUUAUUAAUUUAUGAAAGGUAAUAUCUAAUUCUACUGUCUGCUCUCUUAUUCCAAAUUGUACAACCUUUUUUCUGCAUAUGUUUCGUCUUUGUUUUAACUUAAUAAAUCCUAAUUGUUUUAUGACUUCUAUUAAACUUUAAAAUAUAAAUAAUCAUAAAAUUAAAAUAGAUUUUGCAGAUCAUGUGUCUAAUUUACUUACAAAUGUUAACUAAACAAUAAUCAGUGUUGUACGAAUAAAAUGUAUUUUCGCUGUAUAUUGUAUUUCUUCAUUCAGAGUUUUAUUGGUGUGUACUGUCGAUAACGGAAGUAAUACAUCUAAACAUAGAUUCAGCUUACCGAUGACUAAUUUCUAAUAAUAAUAAAGACAAC